GCUGGGCAGAGCAGGGCGGCCAGGAGGAAAGGCAAUUUGGCGAGGCUUAGGUACGGCAUCCUGGAGAGGCUGGGGUUACGGCGCCAUGGUGGGAUGGACCCCUUCGCAGACACACUGCAGAGGCUGCGCGAGGCCUUCAGGUCGGGGCAGACGCAGGCAGCUGACUUCCGGGCUACGCAGCUGAAGGGCCUGGGCCGCUUCCUGCGGGAGAACAAGCAGCUUCUGCAGGACGCCUUGGCACAGGAUCUGCACAAGUCAGCCUUUGAGUCGGAGGUAUCCGAAAUCAGAAUGAGCCAGGGCGAGGUUAACCUGGCCCUCAAGAACCUGCGGGCCUGGAUGAAGGACGAGAAAGUGCCCAGAAACCUGGCCACACAGCUGGAUUCGGCCUUCAUCCGGAAGGAGCCCUUCGGCCUGGUCCUCAUCAUCGCCCCCUGGAACUACCCCCUGAACCUGACCCUGGUGCCCCUGGUGGGCGCCCUCGCUGCAGGCAACUGCGUGGUGCUGAAGCCCUCAGAGAUAAGCAAGAACAUGGAGAGGGUCCUGGCCGAGGUGCUGCCCCGAUACCUGGACCAGAGCUGCUUUGCCGUGGUGCUGGGCGGGCCCGAGGAGACGCAGCAGCUCCUGGAGAACAAGUUCGACUACAUCUUCUUCACAGGAAGCCCCCGCGUGGGCAAGAUCGUCAUGGCUGCCGCAGCCAAGCACCUGACUCCUGUCACGCUGGAGCUGGGGGGCAAGAACCCCUGCUACGUGGACGAUGACUGUGACCCGCAGACCGUGGCCAACCGCGUGGUCUGGUUCCGCUGCUUCAACACCGGCCAGACCUGCGUGGCCCCCGACUACGUCCUGUGCAGCCGCGAGACGCAGGAGCGGCUGCUGCCCGCCAUGCAGAGCGCCAUCACCCGCUUCUAUGGCGAGGACCCCAAAAGUUCCCCGGACCUGGGCCGCAUCAUCGGGGAGAAGCAGUUCCGGCGGCUGCAGGGCCUGCUGGGCUGUGGGCGUGUGGCCAUCGGCGGCCAGAGUGACGAGAGCGAGCGUUACAUCGCCCCCACGGUGCUGGUGGACGUGCAGGAGACGGAGCCGGUGAUGCAGGAGGAGAUCUUCGGGCCCAUCCUGCCCAUCGUGAACGUGAGGGGCCUGGACGAGGCCGUGGACUUCAUCACCCGGCGCGAGAAGCCCCUGACGCUGUACGCCUUCUCCAACAACAGCCAGGUGAUCAAGCGGGUGCUGGCGGGCACCAGCAGCGGGGGCUUCUGCGGGAACGACGGCUUCAUGCACGUGACGCUCACCACCCUGCCCUUCGGAGGAGUGGGUGCCAGCGGGAUGGGCAGGUACCACGGCAAGUUCUCCUUCGACACCUUCUCCCACCACCGCGCCUGCCUGCUGCACGCCCCCGGGAUGGAGAAGAUCUAUGCCAUCCGCUACCCGCCCUACUCGCCACGCAACCAGAGGUUGCUGCUGGCGGCCAUGGAGACCCGCAGCUGCAGCUGCACCCUGCUCUGAGCUGCCUCGGCGAGGGUGCCCAGGUGCACGUCUGGGUCCCGUGGCUGGUGGAGACGGGCCUAGAGUCCAGGGGCCAGGAGGAGGAUGUACUCUGCCAAGGGCAGGGCUGCCUCCUACCCAGCUGCCCUCCAACUCGGUAACCCGUCACCCUCCCCCCACGCUGGCCACCGGGUCCUGGCAGAAGAAAGCAGACAGACACUUGCUUUCCCGGGGUCCGGGUUCAGCAGAAGGGCCCUGGGACCUGGUCCAGGCUGCACCAUGGAACCAC